GGCUCUCAGUGUGACGGCGUCAUGAGCGGCACUGGCGGUGGCGGCGGCGGCGCUCCCCCCGCGGGGCCCGGGCACCUCGCGGCCCUGGUGCUGGCGCGGGGCGGCAGCAAAGGCAUUCCCCUAAAGAACAUCAAACACCUGUCCGGGCUCCCGCUCAUCGGCUGGGUCCUGCGGGCCGCCCGGGACUCGGGGGUGUUUGACAGUGUAUGGGUAUCAACAGACCAUGAUGAGAUUGAACAGGUGGCCAUAAAAUGUGGAGCUAAAGUCCACCGAAGAAGCCCUCAAGUGUCAAAGGAUGUAACUAGUUCAUUGGACACUGUGGCCGAAUUUCUAAAGCAUCAUGAAGAAGUCGAUUUUGUAGCCAACAUACAGGGCACAUCUCCCUGUCUACACCCACAUCAUCUGCAAGAUGUAGUGAAGAUGAUUAAGAAAGAGAAGUAUGAUUCUGUCUUUUCUGUAGUAAGACGCCAUCAGUUUCGUUGGCUGGAGGUGAAGAAAGGAGAAUCAACGGAGCCAUUGAACUUCAAUCCAGCAAAAAGGCCACGGAGACAAGAUUGGAAUGGAGAACUGUAUGAGAAUGGAUCGUUUUAUUUUGCUACGAGGAAGUUAGUGGAGGAUGGCAACAUGCAGGGUGGGAAAAUUACUUACUAUGAAAUGGCACCAGAAUAUAGUGUGGAUAUAGAUGUUGAUAUUGACUGGCCCAUUGCAGAGCAGAGAAUACGCAGCUAUGGUUACUUUGGCAAGCUGGAAGAGAUAAAGCUGGUGCUGAUAAACACUGAUGAAUACGAUCCCAAGAAUAAACAAGAUGCCCUCGGAAUCAAAAUGCUGGAGGACAAUGGCACUCAGGUGAAGUCAAUCUCGGGUGUGGAUUCUACAGUCCAGUCAAUUUCAACCAAGACAUGUGAGGUGGGAAAAAAUGGACAGGAAUCACAGGAAAAGGUCGAAGCUGUGAUGAAUAGGAUGAACAUCACGUGGAAGCAGGUGGCUUACCUUGGAUCGAAAAAAACUGACAUCGAGUAUCUGAAGAUGGCAGGAAUCAGUGGAGCAUUUCACAACGUGUGCAAAGAUGUCGAAAGGGAGGUGACGUAUCUUUGCAAGUGCGACGAAGGAAAAGGAGCGAUUCAGGAGUUUUCUGAAUAUGUACUGCUGCUGUCAAAAAAAGCCACAUCUCCAAACUACAAGUGAAAUGAUCUGAAAAGGUUCGGCGGCAGGACUAAGCUUGGUGGAGGUGGACUUCAAAUUGCGAAGGAAAUAAUUCUUGUCGGUGGAAGAUUUCUGCCCUGCGCUGCUUUAUGUGAUUGGGUUGUGUGAAAUGAAACUUCUCUGAACUUUAAUGCACUCUUGUCUGUUCAAGUCACAAUGAAGUCUGUCAUUCAAGUCUAUGAUUAUGUUCAAAAACGUUAGCAUCAAAGGAAACACUAGUCGUCUCUGUUGUGGAAUGAGUAAAACAGUCUUGCACUGAAAAGCCCUUAUUAUUUUCGUACAAUACUGUUGAAGUUAAAUAAUUAGGUUACGUUCACAAAUUAAACCGUAAAAUUUAUGGUUUAAUUUGCUACCUUCUGAUGGCUUGAGUUUUGUAAACGUGGUAACUCAAUUUUUUUCUAACAAUGAUUUUAGGUGUAAAAAUACUCCAUAGGAAUGUAACUUCGUCAAAUCCAUUAUUACAAUUAUCAACGGUAAUGAAAUAAAUAACUGAAUAUUUAUGCAAAA